AUGGGCAAAGACAAAACAAAGUGGAACACGUUUGAUCGUUUUUGCGAAAUACUCGCAACCACAUUACCUAUUUGUUCAAAUGAGCUCUAUUCUCAUGGAAUGACAAAUUCAAAAGCAGCAAGCAAAGUUUUCAAGAAGCUCCAAUUAGAAACAAAAAAAAAUACAAAUUUCACAUUUCCUACUGCUAAAGGUUCAAGAAAAUACAAAGAUGGUUUACCAGCAACAUGCAACGCCCCAAAAGAUGACAAACGUGUGAAAGAUUUUUUUGAUACUUUCAUUCAAGAAAACAAGAAAUGGAUUGUUAACGAGAUUGAAAAAGAGAUUUCUGCUCACUCCAACAAAAAACAAUCAUUGGCUUCACAAAUUCAAGGUGACAGUAGUGACAGCGAAUCAGAACAUUCAGAUCCGGAUGAUGAGAAAGAUGAUUUGGAUUGGAUUGAUGAUAAUGGCAACGAUUUGCAGGAAGUUAUGUAUAAAGAAGCGCAAGAUAAAUAUAUUUUCAAAUUGGAUCAGUUAAAGAAGCAAAUUUUUAUUAACGCUAAACAAGACUGUGAUACUAAUGAUAAGGAUAUGCAAAAUUCGACAAAGUUUUUAAAAACUAUGAAAGACAUGGAAGAAAAUAAUUCAAAAGUUAUUGCAGAUCAAUUAUUGAAAAUUCAGAAAGAAAAGGAGGAGUUGCUUGAGAGAUUUAAAAAACAAGAAGAAGAUAUUGCUAAACAAGAGGAACAGUAUGUAAAACCUUUGACCAAAUUGGUGAAUGAAGUUGCAAAAUUGAUUGAGGUAAAGAAAGAGAAGAUUAGACAAAAAGAGGAAGAGGAGAAAAAUCAAAUAGAAGCAAAUUAUCAGACACUAUCAAAUUUUGAAACCUCACCAGAAAUAUUUGCCAAUAUUCUCAUUGUGGAAGAAGACGCGUUAUCUCAUUUCUUGAUUGUAAAACGGUCCAACCUCGUAAAAGGAAUCACUCUUAUUGCUGAUAUUGGACAUGAAAGUGUGGAUAUUUGUGUUGAAGAGAGGACUGAAAAAGAGACCAAGGUUAUUUAUAGAAAUGGAGAAUUCACUGGCUUAAGAAGUAUCCAUGAUAUUAUUAAGAAAAAGUUUCCCAAAGAAAAUUCUUUUAAGAUCAUGGAAAAGUUUUUCUUGGAAAGUGAAAUAAUUAACCUGCCACUUGCGAAACCUCAACCAAUUUUCCCACUACUUGAAGAUUGUAAAACAGAAAUAGUGAACGCAAUCAAAUCCAUAGUAAUGUCCAUAGGUUUAACAGCUGCUUAUUGUUGCGUACAGGAGAUUCAUGUGAUUGGUGCUGUAACAAGUUCCCCUUUUUUUAUGUAUCACAUUACUCAAGAAUUAAGUGAAGCGAAAGUGAAUGAAACUCUCGACCGUUUACGGUUACAUCUGAAGGAUGAUUAUCAGAACAUGAGAUUCUGUGGUUGUCGUUUUUAUUUUAAUCCCUUAGACCGAAGUCCAUUAUUAGAGGGCAUGUUAUACAUGAUCAACACAGCUCUGAAAUUGGAGAAACCUGUGUCGUUCUGCUUUGAACAAGCUAUACCGAAAGAAAAUAAGCCUCAAUAUGUCCUUGGAUUUUUGGAUAUAGAUGAUAAUGGUCAGUAUGGACUGAACGUUCAGAAAGAUUGGAACAGUUUAUUUCUCACAUUUGAUUUUGAACUUGCAAUUUUGGGUCUAUUUCCAAUCGUUGACCUGAAGAAAAUUGGACGCAUAACCCAAAACAACUUCCAUCAAUGGGGGAUCUUUUCGUUUGAAAGAUUCGGAACUGUGUUUGCCGAAGUGGACCCGUCUUUCGAAACUACAAAACGAAAGUUCUUAAUCUCUGGUGAAGUGCAAAAGGACACAGUGACCAUUGAAAUAAUUUUUAGUGGUUUGGGUGGUUAUCGACAAUGUGAACUUGAGAUUGGAAGAAACGGGCGUAUGGAGCGGGUUUCUAUUAGUGACGUUCCCAAGGUUGUACUUGCAACAAAAGAAAAAGAUUUCAAAACGUGGUACGGUAGUCAUUACAAGAUCUCAAUCACAAUUUCAGAGAAAAAUUCAUUCCUACUCUCCAGCAACCAAAGAACGCUCAAAGAGGAAAAAUUCGGAGAUGACUUUGAAAGAAUUCGUAUUCGUAAAGAUAGUAAUCACCGUGCCAUAGUGAAAAAGAUAGUAAAUUAUACAAUAAAAAAGAGAAAAUAA